AUGGUGGGAAAGAAAGUGAAUGUGCAUGGCAAUGGUGUUAGGAGUAGUAAUGAAGAAACAGAGUGGGAGGUGAGGCCUGGGGGAAUAUUGGUGCAGAAAAGGAGCAAUGAUGCUCUGGCACCCGAGUUGAGGUUUCGAAUUGCUUAUGGGGGAUUGAGGUAUGAGAUCAGUGUGAGUUGCAUGAGCAGUUUCCUCGAGGUGAAGAAGGUUCUGAGCAUGGAAACGGGGUUGCAGGUUGAUGAACAGAGAUUGGUGUACAGAGGAAGAGAUGGAGAGAACGGAGAGUACUUAGACAUGUGCGGAGUGAAAGACAGAUCAAAGCUGGUGUCUGCAAUUGACAAGUCCAUUUCGAAUGGGGACACAGUACCUGAAAUUCAGAUUUCGACACUAAUUGAGAUGCUUAUGGGACAAGCAAUCAAGUUAAAAAGCAUUUCUACAGAAGGAGAUGUUUCUGCACAAAAUAGUGUUCAGGAAAAGAAACUGCAGAAAUGUGUUGAAACAUUGGAUGCGCUUAAGAUAUCUAAUGCAAGAAUAAAGCAUGUUGUUGUUACAACCAACUGGGAGACCAUUGAUCAUCCUCCUUCGUCGACUAAAUCUCAGUGGGAAAUAUUUCAUUGA